UAAAAACUUAUUCAAAUAUUAAAAAGUUUUUAAAGAUGCGUGGAACUUCCUAGCAAAAAUUCCGGUGCUUUCUAUCGUGGCCUUCCAUGUCAUCAAAACCACCAUGAACGUGGCAUUUCCAUCCUUCUCCAACAAAAACACAGACUUCGCCUUCUAUCUCUGUUUCUGUAAUUCCUUAUGCUACCAUUGUUAAAACUUUUCCAUCAUAUAAUAUCAUAGCAGUGUAAACGACGCCCUGCUCCAAAUUCCCCUCAUUUCUAACUUCCCACUACGAGAAUAACUAAUACAAGGAUGAUGAAUUCACAGCCUGCAACACAUACUAUAAGGUCUCAUGGCCUAACCAUAUCCAGAAUUCACAUGCAUGAUUGGUUGAUUCUCGCACUACUAGCAGCGAUGAUGGGACUUCUAGGUCUUCUCCAUCCUUUCCAUCGUUUUAUCGGAAAAGACAUGAUGGCCGAUCUCAAGUAUCCGAUGAAGCCUAGCACCAUCCCAUUUUGGACUGUUCCACUAUAUGCAGUUCUAUUGCCAAUUGCUAUCUUCCUGGCAUUCUAUCUUCGUAGAAGAGAUGUUUAUGAUCUUCACCAUGCAGUGCUAGGGCUUUUGUUCUCUGUUUUUAUCACUGGGGUUAUAACAGAGGCUUUAAAAGGUGCAAUUGGUCGACCUCGCCCAGACUUUUUCUGGCGUUGUUUUCCAGACGGAAUAGAUGUUUAUGAUCAAUGGGGAGAUGUUAAGUGUCAUGGUGAUAUCGAUGUUGUAGGACAAGGCCAUAAAAGCUUCCCAAGUGGGCAUAGUUCAUGGUCUUUUGCGGGUUUGGGAUUUUUAUCGCUCUAUUUAUCUGGAAAAAUAAGAGCUUUUGAUCAACAAGGCCAUGCUGCAAAGCUAUGCAUAGUUUUUCUCCCUUUGAUUGUUGCAUCUCUUGUUGCCAUUUCUAGAGUGGAUAACUAUCGGCAUCACUGGCAGGAUGUAUGUGUAGGAGGCUUUAUAGGUAUCACAAUGGCCAUAUUUUGCUACUUGCAGUUUUUUGCACCACCAUAUCAUGCCAAAGGUUGGGGACCUUAUGCUUUCUUUCGGGCUUUAGAGGAGUCUUAUGCAAAUGCUAAUAAUGUGGGUGAAGUAGAAGUUCAGCAACAUGAGAGGAAUAAUGAUUUGGCAAUGGGGUCUUCAGAUGAUCUUGAAUCUGGUAGGUGUUAGUCGUGACGUUUUGAUAAUACUAAAAGACUAGGUUGAUUUGUUUAUAUGGUUGGAUCAUGUUGUAAAUCUUUUUCGAUUGUAAACUUGUAAUCUAUUUGUAUCUGGUUGAGACCCAAACCGAAUUGUAUAGAAUACUAUGUCUAAAGAGAGUUAAAAAUUGCACAUAUGGUUAUGUUUUGUAGUUACAUGUAAUGAUAUAGUUCGAGUAAAUUGGUGUAGUGUUUUUA